AUGAAUAUCUUGCUGGGCCCUCUGUUUGAUGUUGCUGGCUAUGCCUUUGCGGCCGCCGCAGUCCUCGCGCCCUUUUCGGGCUUUAAUAUUGUGAUCAAUGCUGUCAUUGCUCCCUUCACCUUAGGUGAGAAGCUCACAAACCGCAGGACCCGGGCUUUUGAAUUCGUGAAGGUCGCCCUCAUGCUGAACCCCUGCAGAUUGAUUGCAUCCGCCAUCAUCUUUAUCACGGCCACGUCCUCCAUUUCGUUCAAAAAUCAAAAUGAAGAUGAAGAGGUCUGGACCUUGGAACGUGCUGAAACUGUUCUCUUGCGAUGGAGCGUCUUGGUCUACGGCUUGGUCUUUGCACUGUGGUUCUGUCUGAAUAUCUGGCUUCGCAGACGUUCGGCGAAAGGUUCGGUGCUACGAGGAUUCUCGUUGGGAGCCACUGCAGGCUCCAUGGCAGGGAACAUGUGGUGCACGCGCGUGGCAGCAGUUUUCGCAGCUGACUGCGCUUCUGCACACGUUUGCAGCCCCUGGGGGCACUGGCUCCCCUGGAUUGUCUUGACUGGAGCGGUGUUUUUCGCGGUGGUUAAUGUGCCAUACAUGGCGAAGGGCAUGCAGAAAUACGAAGCUCUCUAUAUGGUGACGGUGUUCCAGGGGUCCAACAUUGUCUCAAACAGCCUCAGUGCACUCAUCAUCUUGCAGGAGAUGGACGGAGCACCUUGGUGGAAACUGCUGGGCUACAUCGGGUGCAUCGUGGUCAUGAUUGGGGCCCUUUGGUUCUUAGUCUCAGGGGAAGAAGCCGUUUGUCCCAGCAACGAACUGGAUGACGAUCUGCGACGCAUCCUUUCCAUGGAAGAAGGCAGUGAACUUGAAGACAGUGAAUCGGAAGACGAACCUGAUCUAAUGGAUUUCGUCCGCGCAAUGUCGCUGGAUCAAUUUUCACCAUUGUCAUUUUCUUCAUGGUCAUCGAAUGCAGAAGAUUCACAAGAUGGAGAAGGAUCGCAAACCGGAGAGGAGGAACAACACGAAGAGUCCGACAAUGCUAUCGCUAUUGACUGAAACUGAGGAAACUGCUCCACUGGCAGAUCAAGGGGCAAAGCUUCCCCCUAUGCCUCAAAUUUUCGUUCAUUUGACAUGCUUGAAAUUCAAUGUAAAAUGCCGACCUGUAGGGCAUUAAUGUUCUACAAGAUGACUUCACACUGAUGCAUUUACUAAAA